AUGAAUGCGCAGCUGUUAAGGGAGAUGCAGAUUCACACCACCAGGCCCGUUACUACUGCCACCACCACCGCUACUGCUGCAGUCCCCACCAACACUGCUGCCACUCCUCCUGCUGCUGCUGCUGCUGCUGCUGCUGCUGCUAGUUCUGCUGGUUUGGAUGCAGCAGCGAUAGCUGAAGCCAUUAUGCGGCAACGAGGGAUGGCAGCAGUGGCUCAGCGCUUUGCACACCCUGAGUCCGCGGCUCUAACCACAGAACCUCACCCACUCCCCCAAUCCCGUCCUAACUCGCUGGCCCGAGCAGCAGCAGCAGCAAGCAUAGCCCUCCCCAACUUCUCCCUUCUCUCCUCAAUCAUGGCUGCCGCAGCCGCAUCCCCAGCAACAGAAGAACCGCCUUUCCACGGGCUCUCUCGGGCGCACACAGCCCCCCCUCUUCGCAGCAACCUGGCCACACCAUCGCCCCUUUCCCCCGGCUCUUCCCCUACCUAUGGAGCAGGCCUCUUCCCUGCCUCCUCCAGCGUGCCUGGGGCCAGGCAUGGUAAUCGCGCCGGUCCCGAGCCUGCAGGUUCGGUGAGUCUUGCAGGAUAUCCAGCAAGUCGGCCCAGCCCAUCUGUUGCCGGGGCGGGAGCAGCUUUGGCCGGAGCAGGCGCAGGUGCUAAAGCCCGAUCAGGGUCGGCUGGAGCAGCAGCGGCCGGAGCAGGUUCGGUGGGAGCAGGUCCGGCCGGAGCAGCGGCAGGAGGAGUGGUUUCCACGGGCGGCAACCACAGCAGCAACAACAACAGCAACAAUGAUGGCAAUGGCAUGACUGUGGAGAGUCUGCCUGUGCUGCGAGUGUCCUCAGACAGCAGUCGCAUGGUGGUGCCCCGCAGUGCAUGGGCCCAGGGGCUUGUUGUUGAUCACAUGCUGGGACGAGGAACAGUGGCUGCUGCUCCUUCUCUCCAUGCUGCUGCUGCUGCUGCUGCUGCUGCUCCUGCUGCUGCUGCUUAUGCUGCUGCACUCGCCUCUGCUCCACCAUACCCGCUCGCCUCCGCUCCCUCACCUCCUCCCACCUCCACCCAAUACCUGCCUGAAGCCCUGCCUCACUCCACCCUUCACUCCAGCCACCAGGUUUUCCCACCAGCUCUCCUCGCUCACUUGCAGCUUCAGGCCUUGCAGCUGGGAGACCAGCAAGGGAUAUUCUCCCUUACUCACGCUGCUGUGUGGGCUGGGCUUGAGAGGCAAGUAGCUGCGCUACAGCCAGCAGGAUCUGGCACUGUGGGAGAAAUGGCAGCCGCUGCAGCCGGUCCUUUCUCAGCUGCUGCUGCCUGGGCUGGGCUGGAGCAACGAAGAGCUGCACAACAGCCAGCUGGGGCUGAUACUGCGGGAGGCGUAGCAGCCGCUACAGCCGGCCCGUUUUCGGCUGCUGCUUGGGCCGGCCUUGGACGGCAAGCAGCUGCGCUACAGCCAGCUGGGGCUGGCACAGGGGGAGAUAUGGCAGGGGAGAGAAUGGCAGCUGCUACAGCCGUCCCUGUUUCAGCUGCUGCUUGGGCUGGGCUUAAGAGAGAAGCAGCAGGGGCUGGCACUGUGGGAGAAAUGGCAGGCAGCCGGACGGCAGCUGCUACAGCCAGUCAUUUUUCAGCUGCUGCUUUGGCUGGCCUUGGGCCAGGGACAGCUGUGCUACAGCCGGCUGGAGCUGGCACAGAGGUGGAAACUGCAGGCAGGGGAAUGGCAGCCGCUACAGCCAAUCCUUUCCCCGGUGGGGCUGGCACACCCAUUCUUCAAGGAAGCCGUGAGGUCGCUACUUUUGGGCCGGGCAGGACCACGCUACAGGGCAAAAGCAGCCAAGGCGUGCAGGCAGAGCGUGGUUCCAAGGGUGAGGAUGGGAGAGAGAAGGAAGGUGACAGGGAGGAGCCAGAGGGGGUAUACAUUUUCGGGCAGUUGAUAUCCCCUCGAACACAAUAA